UCGAGACGACAGCGACCGACAUCUGGAAUUUCACAGCCGAAAUCAAAGCAUGAAAAGUUGAAAACACCGGUGUGUGUAUGGUUGACGAAAAGUAUUUACUGUUUGCUUUGGUCAACCUUUACCGGAGUCCAGGCAUUGUGAUUCGUGGUGCCUAUAGGUUCACCCGAGCUUUGGUAGCUGUUUUUGCUUUCACAUCUUAUAGGCUUGGCUUGCAAAGACCUCGAGUAUGUAGAACGAAUGCGGAAUAGAACAGUGUUGUUUUUGUCGAUGAUGGAUUGACGCCUCCUGUCUUUCAUUGCAACACGCAGAGCGUUUCUCCUGCCUUCCUUUCCACCUGACCCUGGAAAACAAUUACAGCAUUUGCUUCAUGCUUCGUGCUAAUAUUGGCGACGGCUGUGAGGUGUGCCGGUAGGAGGAGAAAGGACGAUCGCGCUCCUGGCAGUGUGGCUGGCCACGGAGUAGCAGAACCGUGCACUCGGGUGUGGAGUCGCCGAGUCCGGCCCGCCUCCGUCCGCCAUGGACAAAACCCUGUGCGCAGUGUGUAAUCGUGCCAAGCUUCCGCAGCUCCAGGCAUCUUUAGCCGGUCAUGUCGACUGUUUGAUGAAAACGUUGGACAAAGCUGGUUUGCUGGAUAAGCGGGGCCGCUGGGAAGCUCUGGAAACGGAUGAUUUCGGAGCAACAGCUCUGCAUCUGGCCGCCAGGCGCAACCAAAUCGACUGUAUCCGCUGCUUGGUGAAGCAUGCACACGUUGUGGAGUCGGUACGUGCGCAGAAUGGUGCAUCGUCGCUGCACGACGCAGCAGCGACGGGCUCGCUAGAAUGCCUGCGAUACCUGGUCGGCAACUCGAAAAAUAGCGUGCUGGACAGGGACAACAAUGGCUCAACGCCGCUUCACUGGGCUGUACAGGCUGGGAAGAUGGAGGCUGUGGUGUGGCUGGUGGAGGGUGCGGAGGCUCCACUCGAUGCGCGCACCAACACUGGCGUUACACCAGUGCACUUUGCAGCAGCGAAAAACCACCUGAAAAUCCUGCAGUUCCUGACUGGGUACGAAAUGACCAAGACCGGCGAGCUGAAAACAGUGCACAUGCAGGCGAAUAAUGGUGCAACACCACUGUACUUCGCAGCUCAGGAGGGCAACAUCGAGUGUAUACGCUAUCUGGUCAAGGACGGCAAGUCGGACCCGAAAACGGCUGCGAGCGAUGGCAUGCGAUGCGUACACGCCGCUGCGCAGGAGGGCCACUUGGCAUGCCUGAAAUGGCUUAUCGUCAAUGCAGGCCAAUCGGCGAAGCAGAGGAGCUCGGACGGUGCGACGCCGGGACACUUCGCAGCAACACAAGGGCACAUUGCUCUGCUGCGAUGGCUACUGGAAUGUACGGACGCUACCGGCGAAGAACUGGAUAACUACGGAGCUACACUGGCUCAUGAUGCGGCUGAGCAAGGACAGAUAGGGUCGCUGAAGUACUUGCAUGAGCAGGGUAUUAGUCUGAACAGACUGGAUGAUGAAGGCAGCACACCCUUGAGUCUGGCACAGGGUGGGGGCCAUCGCGAAUGUGUGGAGUUCUUGAAACGAGCCGUGCUGGAGAAGCGCGAGCCAAGAGCAAGAAUAUCGAUCCUGGAACAAGUGGAACGUUCAGGUUACGGGAUGGCGAGUGGUGGCAUUGAUACCACGGAUGAUGAGCUGGGUGCAUCACAAGACACCAUAGAUGGGUUGACGACAAGCGAUGAAGCGCUGCUUAAUGAUGAUGGUGACGAAGAGGUGGACGGUGAGGCUGAGGAGAAACGACAAGCACGCCUCAACGAGAUGCAGGAGCAUGCUAAACAGCGAAAAGUGGAGCGUGAGCGGGCAAAACACCAACAGGAAUUCGAGGCUUUGGAGGAGAGGGAAAGAAAAGCCGAGGAGAAGCGCAAGGCCUAUGAGGCCAUGCUGGAAGAGGAGCAGAGCACGCUGCAAGCAGCCAGCAAGCCAGGAGCAUUGGACUUACUCCGCCGCCAACAAGAACAGGUUGCAUUGGAAAAGGAAUUGGAAAGAGCGGCAGCAGGAGAACAGAAGCGCGAACUGGAGAUUGAGGAAGGCUAUGCUCUCAACAUUAUCAAGCAGGCUAACACACUGCAGGCCCAGAUCGAUGCCGAAGCGGAGAAGGAACGAUCACGUAUCGGCAAGUGGAAGAAGUCGCUGCCACGCGGUGGUUCGGCCGAGGACUUCGCAGCCAGCAUGUUGGAAAACGGCCUGGAUGAAUUACCUGACGAGUUGCUGCAGGCAACAGCGCUGGAACAAGACGAGGCCGAAGAGGAGGAGGAUCGAGAUCUCACCUCGGCCGAGAAGAAACAACUGCGCAAGGCGAAAAAGGAGAAGAAGAAAGCGGAGAACAAGGACAAGAACAAGACGCUGAAAAAGAUCGGGCAGCUCAUGCGCCGGCAGUCGGAGCGCGGGGAGAGGGAACGCUCGGCAAGCGAGCCAGUCUCCUUGGAUUCCUCGAUUCCCGAGUCAGGUAUUGGAUCCAUGCCGGGCUCAGAAACAGCUAGUCUAGCCGACGAAAGCAUGAUUUCACUGCAGAGGAAACGUGGAAUGUCCGAUGGCUCAGUUGACAUCAAUGAGGUACAGACGAAGGCUCAGGCGAAGGGAUUUGUACGCAAACGCAAGUCCAUGUUCGAAACAAAGCAAGUGGAUCGAGACCGCAAGGUGAAGAGCUUCAGCCGCUGGAUGAAGAAGUCUGGUCGCAGCAGCCUGGCACCGACACCGGAAGCGCAGAUACCCGAGGCACCGCCAGCACCACCGAUGGAAGAGCUACUGCCCAGUGGGGCCAUGUCACCGACGGACUCUGAAAUCCUGUCCCCUCGCCGCAGGUCCUUGGCAACCCGCCUCGGUUUCAGCCUGUCGAACCUGGCCACCUCAAUGAGCUCGCUUCUGAACAUCGGAUCCACAUCCACAUCUCCAAGGCCGUCCCGCUCCGUCUCGUUCUCCGAUUUGAAAAGUGACGGCGGUUCGAGUAGCGAACUGACAGAGCGCCGUAGCAGCGACGAUCACAUGACUUCCGGUAUAGCAAGCAUGGCGUCUACACGGAGUCGUCACUCGUCAGAGGCCGAUGACGAUCAGGACCUACAGGAACUAGGCCUGCGAUCACCAUCAGGCACGAUGCCGUCUUCUCUGCAGAGUCGCUUGGCCGAGGCACUCAAAGCCCUCGAUUCGUCAGAGCAGGAGGAGAUCAACCGCCUGUACGCCAUGCGGACGCCCAAGAGCAGCGUGGAUGAGGCGAUGUUCAUUGCCGAGGUGGAAGAGAAGGCUGCCAGCCGUAAGAGCAGCCGUGAAGAGAGUGCAGGACACAGUGCAGCGCUGAGUGAGUCACACCAAGCAAACCUGGAUGAAGCAUUGCGAAUGGCUCUGGGUAGUGGUGGUGAGAGGAAGAAGUCAGCAUCUCGCCGUCUCAGCCUGGAAGAAGCCCUGAACGUCAGCACUGCCGCAGAACAACGGGAACGCAAGGAGAGCUUCGGACAUGAACCAGCGGAGAAAACAACAACACCAUCGCAGUCGGAACGGGGCAAGCACCGGCCCCCGUCACUGGAGGAUGCGCUCAAGGCGUCCGGCGAAUCUGGCCUGAUGGCAACCAGCAGUUCGUCCGCCAGAGGUGGUGCAGCAGCAGCCGCAAUUGAGGAUGAGCUCAUGUCAGUGCCUGGUGCACCGCAUCUAGCGGAACCAAUGUCACCUGUCCGCGGUAGCUGGAGUGAGGAGAAAUUCCCGGGUAACUCUCCGGGAGAGCUGCUAGCAGCUGUCGAGCUUGCUCUAGCACAGAAUCCCAGUGCUCCAUCAGCUGCACGGGAAUGGCUGCAGAGUCCCAGGAACCGCCUGUCACCGCCCGACGACAUCCACGACUCACUGAUGCAGAUGAUACUGGCGCCCCGGAACAUGUCAGCCUCGCAACUCAUAGCCAAAUUAGGAACGGAGCAAUCAAUUGCAAGACCAGCCGGUGGGACCGCUCCGCCACCUCCACCUCCCAACCUACCGCCGCCAGUCUUUCAAUUUCCACCUCCAGUACCCCCGGGCAUGCCAGGUGAUACCACCGGAGGUGACGACACUGCUGCUGCUGCUGGCGGUGGUGAUCCUGGUAUACCACCACCUCCACCGCCCAUGAUACCAAACCUUGCGGAGCUCACCAAUCCUCAGAAAGAGCAAGUUUUCCUCGACCCGAUCACCGAAGCUUCAGAGUUGGAGGAGGCGGAAGACGAAGAACUAAUGGCAGAACUGUAUGAGCUUGGCAGAGAGAGACUCAGGGAAGUCCGCCAAGAACUGCUUGCGAUGAUCGAGAAGGAGAUGGCGGAAAGGGAACAGCAGCAGAGGAAGGAUGCCGCCGAAAAGGAGCUCAUCCAGCAGCAGAUUAUGGAGGAACAGCGACGCAAGUCUGAGAAUCAUCGCCAGCAGCAACUAGCACUGCAGGGACGUAACAGUCGCGGUGAGAUAGUGAAGAGUCCGAUCGACGGUGUUGUGCGCAGGGCACAGGGAGGAGCACACCUGAGACGCAUGGACACACCGAGACACUUACCAGCUAAACCUCAAGCUGUUGAAAAGCUAACAAAGGGCCCGUCUCGCGCACUGAUUGAUGCAUUGUACCGCAAGGCCGUGUUGAGACGCUACAUGGACGCUUGGCUGAACCACAUUCGAGAUCGUAACCUACUGAUCCUUCGACUGCAUGCGUUUAUGGAAAAGAAAGCUCGUCGGUUGAUGCUGAACUGUUUCAUGGCAUGGAUAGAGUAUCGUAACACUGAGAUGGGACAGCGGCGCAACGAGCACAAGGCUGUCAAUCACUAUCGCACACAAAUGCUGCGCAAGGCGCUAGAAGGCUGGUGCACUAUAUGCGGAAUUAGUGGUGUGUCACAUGCAAGAGACUACCGGGAGAAGCUGAAUCGGCAACUGCAGCGAAACAGAGAUAGUCUACUGGCUUGGAUUAACUCUCAUCUUCCAGACAGCAACCAGGUCACCAACCUUACUUCUGACUUAGCGAGUGGAUUGCGAGUCGCUCAGAUGUUGCAGACCGUGUCUGGCAAGCAGGCACCACGCCUAGUUGCCAGGCCAAGACUACCCGUACAGAAAUUGGACAACUGGAGAGCUAUCCAGGGCUUCAUGGAGCAACUAGGAAUGGGAGAGCAGCGCCAGCAAUUGCAAGGUUUGGUGGACGGUGAUGAGUACUGGACACAGAACAUUCUGCACACAACACAGAGAUGGCUGGCGGAGGGUGGAAGAUGAGCAGUGGACUGCAUUGCCAACUAAGCUGCGCCAGUGCGUGGUCUUCCCGCUGUGUGCGUUCGUGUGAUCAAGACCGCCACUUGCCUCCGUAGUUUGACGUGCAUUGUGUAUAUGUGAGUAUGCAGAUGUUGAACUGUGCUGUGUACAUGCAAUGUACCAUACUUGAUACUAUGAACAAUACUGUACAAAGUCUAGUCAAGAUACACACGCUAAUAGUCAUGUAUGCCAUUUGUUGAGUGUUCCUUCUCCUGUUGAUGCACUGCUGUACAUUGUACACAGAGUUACGCAUGAUUGCGAACUGGAGCAAUCCGUUCGUUCGGUGCACUCUGACAUUCUCUGGCAGUGUGUUUGACGUGUGAUGUGCACAUGCUGGCCAGAUGCUGUGAUGUCUGAUCUUGUUUGAAUUUGUAUGCCAGUAGAUGUAGCAGCAUUGGCGCUACACUAGAAAGCUUGAGACAUUCACCAUAACUGGUGGAAUAGUUGGUUUAUGGAUGACUAUUUUGUGAUAAUAAUUAUUAUCGUUCUGUUUUGCAGCGUAGCCCGCAAUUGGGAUUUUAAACUGUCCGAAAAAAAGAUUAUUAAUUUUGA